UCUUAACUGAACAAACUGUGCUCGUCUGCUUGUUGGGCUGAGUAUAAUACACAUUCUACCUGUUCUUGUUUUUGAUUUUUACAGUUUUUGCCUCCUUGAGAAAUGCAUUUUUCAGUGAGGGCAAAAGCUGGGGGGACCUUGUUUUGAGCCUCUAGCCCCUGGUGGACGAGCAGCUAGGAUUCCUGGUUUUCAUCCAGCCCCCCGACCCUCACCCCAGGUCCAACUCCUGGGCAGAGAACGAGGCUCUGGCUUCAAAGCACCGCUCAUGGCUGACUCUCCGAGAUCAUUGGUGCUGAAACCCGGGAUUUCAAGGUCCACAGCUGCCAGAGCUGUGUGUUUUCUUCUUCGGGAGCGCUCGGUGUCCUUUCAUAUACUCCAGAGACACAGAGUCUGCUCCUUGACCGAGUGGAUUCAAUCUGCAGCUUGUGCAGCAGGUGGGAAGGUUCUGAGUUCUACUCCUCAGCCGCACUGCCCCUGGGUUUCAGCUGUGGCUUGGUCUCCACCUCUGCCUAUUGUAGCCUCCUCAACUACGUCUAGGAUGCUGCGUAGGUCUGUUCGCUGGUAUGGUCAGAAGGUGGUUCACAGGCAAGAGGAAGACAACAUAAAGGAGUCUGGCGGUCUCGUGGUUCAUCCGAGUGCCAUAGAACUGGUGUUCCUGGGUGUGGGCAGGAACCUGGGAGCCGGCCUGUACAUCGUGGUUGGUGCCGUGGCCAAGUUCGUAGCUGGACCAGCGAUUGUCGUCUGCUUCUUGGUGGCCGGCCUGUCUUCCCUGCUGUCCAGGCUCUGCUAUGUGGAUUUUGAUGCCCGGGUACCAAGCUCCUCUUCUGCGUACGUCUGCAGCUACGUCACGAUGGGGCAGCUCUGGGCCUUCGUCGUUGGCUGGAACAUCAUAGUGUUAUUUUCAUCUGCCACUGCGUGUACAGCCAGGGCUUGGAGGUACGCCUUUGACAACCUCAUCGGGGACCGCAUCUCUCAGGCAUUGGAGGGAACUUUCCCUCUGCAUGUGCCCUACAUCCUGGCCGCGUAUGCAGACUUUUUCGCACUGGGCCUGGUGCUGCUGCUUGUGGUACUACUGGUUCUGGGAUUUCAUGAGUCAGCCUGGGUUUACAGAGUGUUCACGGGCAUCAACAUUUUUGUUCUCGGCUUCAUCAUCGUCUCCGGCCUCAUUAAGGUAGACCUGCACAACUGGAAGCUCACAGAACAUGACUAUGCAUUGGCCACAGCUGUAUUCACUGAUAGCUUGGGCCCUCCAGGUGCUGGAGGGUUUGUGCCUUUUGACUUUGAGGGGGUUCUCCGAGGAGCAGCUACGUGUUUCUAUGCAUUUGUCGGUUUUGCUGCCAUUACCACUACAGAGAGAGGAGAUCUAAGCCGUCAGCGACCCAUCUCCCUGAUCUCACUCCUGAUGUGCUUUUUGGCCUAUUUUGGUGUCUCAGCGGCACUCACCCUCAUGGUGCCCUACUACCAGAUUCAUCACCACAGCCCCUUGCCCGAGGCUUUUCUCCAUGUAGGCUGGGGCCCUGCCAGAUACGUCGUGGCUGCUGGCAUUCUCUGUGCUCUCACGUCCAGGCUCCUGGGUGACAUGUUCCCCAUGUCUCAGUUAAUCUGUGCAAUGGCAGAGGAUCAGCUCCUUUUCCGAGGACUUGCCAAGGUCUGUGGUCACAAGGAAAUUCCCGUCGUGGCCAUCAUAUCUUCUGGAAGCCUUGCAGUGAUCACGGCAUUACUCUUUGAGUCCAGUGACAUUGUAAACCUCAUGGCAGUUGCGUCCCUGCUCGCUUACUCCAUGGUGUCCUUCUCGGUCCUUGUUCUCAGGUACCAGCCAGAUAAGAAUUUAAGUAAGAAUGAGAAAACAGAAGAAGAAACUGAGAUGGAGCCUGUACUUGAAAGAAGUCCUUCGGACUCUGAACCUGAAGCAGGAACCGCAAACGUUCUAAAGAGUCUGUGGUUCCCUACGAGCACCAUCCCCACCCGGAAAUCUGGCCAGAUUGUCUAUGGAUGUGCCUUCCUGCUUGUUCUCCUGCUGACCAUCCUGAGCCUGAUCCUGGCCCAGUGGCCCAGACGUGUGUUCUCUGGAGACCCCGUGCUCACAACAGUGGCUGUGCUGCUGCUGCUGCUCAUCACUGGGGUCACGGUCAUCAUCUGGAGGCAGCCCCAGAGCCCCAUUGCUCUUCACUUCAGGGUCCCUGCUCUGCCUGUCCUCCCACUGAUGAGCAUCUUUCUGAACAUUUACCUGAUAAUGCUGAUGAGCACUUGGACCUGGACCCUCUUUGGCAUCUGGAAUGCCAUUGGAUUUGCCAUAUACUUUGGAUAUGGGAUCCAACACAGCUUGGAGGAGAAGAAUGAGCCACAGCCACCAGCCUCCACCUCCCAGACUCUGGACUAAAACAGCCCUAGUGAAGAAGCAUCUUAACCACAGGAAAUAGAUGUUGUGUGGAACCCCUGCAUAGACUGGAGGUAUCUGCUGGUUCAAGGUGCAGUUUGAGCCUCUAUGGACUGUGAAGGUGGAAAGCAUUUAGUCCCCUGUAUUUAUUGCCAGU